AUGGGCGGAGAGGUGCGCGUGCUGCUCCUGCUGGGCCUGCUGCACUGGGUUGGGGGCAGCGAGGGCAGAAAGACCUGGCGGCGCCGUGGCCAGCAGCCUCCCCAGCCGCCGCCCCCGCCGCCGCCCCCGCAGCGGGCUGAGGUGGCGCCGGGCGCCGGGCAGCCGGUGGAGAGCUUCCCGCUGGACUUCACGGCCGUGGAGGGCAACAUGGACAGCUUUAUGGCGCAAGUCAAGAGCCUGGCACAGUCCCUGUACCCCUGCUCUGCGCAGCAGCUCAACGAGGACCUGCGCCUUCACCUCCUACUGAACACGUCGGUGACCUGCAAUGACGGCAGCCCCGCCGGCUACUACUUGAAGGAGUCCAAGGGCAGCCGGCGGUGGUUACUCUUUCUGGAAGGCGGCUGGUAUUGCUUCAGCCGAGAGAACUGCGACUCCAGAUACAGCACCAUGCGGCGUCUCAUGAGCUCCAAAGAUUGGCCACACACGCGCACAGGUACUGGGAUUCUAUCCUCCCAGCCAGAGGAGAACCCUCACUGGUGGAAUGCCAAUAUGGUCUUCAUCCCCUACUGCUCCAGUGACGUUUGGAGUGGGGCUUCACCCAAGUCUGAGAAGAAUGAGUAUGCCUUCAUGGGUUCCCUCAUCAUCCAGGAGGUGGUGCGGGAGCUCCUGGGCAAAGGGCUGAGUGGGGCUAAGGUGCUGCUGUUGGCUGGGAGCAGCGCUGGGGGCACCGGGGUGCUGUUGAAUGUAGACCGAGUGGCUGAGCUGCUGGAGGAGUUGGGCUACCCGUCCAUCCAGGUGCGGGGCCUGGCUGACUCAGGCUGGUUCCUGGACAACAAACAGUAUCGCCGAUCGGACUGCAUUGAUACUAUCAACUGUGCACCCACAGAGGCCAUCCGCCGUGGCAUCAGGUACUGGAAUGGGAUGGUACCAGAGCGCUGUCAGCGCCAGUUCAAGGAAGGCGAGGAAUGGAAUUGCUUCUUCGGCUACAAAGUAUACCCGACUCUGCGCUGUCCAGUGUUCGUGGUACAGUGGCUUUUUGAUGAGGCCCAGCUGACCGUGGAUAAUGUGCAUCUCACUGGGCAGCCGGUUCAGGAGGGCCAGUGGCUAUACAUCCAGAAUCUGGGCCGAGAACUGCGUGGCACACUUAAGGAUGUACAGGCCAGCUUUGCCCCCGCCUGCCUCUCACAUGAGAUCAUCAUUCGGAGCUAUUGGACGGAUGUCCAGGUGAAGGGGACCUCAUUGCCCCGGGCACUGCACUGCUGGGACCGAAGCUUCCAUGACAGCCAUAAGGCCAGCAGAACCCCCGUGAAGGGCUGCCCUCUCCACCUGGUGGACAGUUGCCCCUGGCCCCACUGCAAUCCCUCAUGCCCUACCAUCAGGGACCAGUUUACAGGGCAAGAGAUGAACGUGGCCCAGUUCCUUAUGCACAUGGGCUUCGAUGUGCAGACGGUGGCCCAGCAGCAGGGGAUGGAGCCCAGCAAGCUGCUAGGGAUGUUGAGUAGUGGAAACUAGACUGUCUGGAGGAGGAGGAGUACGGGGGCUGUCCCAGGGUAACUCACCUCUACUUCCAGGCCCUCUGCUACGCCCAGGACCCACCUGGGUGUGGAUGUCUGACUGCCUGUAUUCUCCCACUGCCUUCAGGAGGCCUGGCCAGAGGAGAGGUCUUCUCUGAGCCCUGCCACAACUUGGGGACCCUUUCCACCCCACGUCUAUUUCCCUAGCCCCCAGCCCACUUUGGGGAGGGAGCCAGGGCGAAGCAAGCACUGGAUUCCUGAGCCCAUCAGCUCAGACAGUCCCUCCUACCCCCCAACUGAUCAUGCUCUUUUGUAUUAUUUUAUAAAAUGACUUUUUUAUUGCUUUAAUUUUUUAAAAAAUGGAA